UCUCGAUUGUCGUUCGCGUCUUUGCAAACACCGUGAGACUUCUGUUGGUUUGAAUUCACAAAAUACUCMACUGGGUCGCUUUAAGAGCAUUGUCGUAACGUGUAAACACAAUUUGAGACACUGUAUUCCGUGUUUUAGCGGAGAAGAAGGCUCACAAGAAUAAUUUAGAUGCUAAUUAUUGAAGGAAUGAGCAAGCAUCAUUGAAACAAAGGAUAAUAUAGUGGAUUGUACACCMAAUUGCUAUAUUCACACCACAAAUAAUUGUGUCUGAACACUUGCCAAUAUGAAUGGACUAGGAACUUUAUAUAUUUUAUGGAUUGYCACAGGAGGACUGUGCCUAGCUAAUACAGCAUCAGAACAAAAACUUUCAAAUGUAGUUGCCAUUGUUGGAAGACAUUUUGCAUAUCCCUUACCAGAAGAUUCCAAUUCAAAGUCAACAAAAUAUAUGGUUACAGAAGAAGGCAAGAAGUCCUUACCAAAAUGGCUAUCUUUCGAUCGAGAAAAGAAUCUUUUGUAUGGUGUCCCAUCCUGGAGAGACAAGGGCACUUAUCAUCUACAAUUACAAAACACAGAAACAAAUCUAUUUACUCUGUACGUGAAGGACCUGCAUGACGUAGCCUCUGACGUAAGACUCAGGAACUCCAACAUCACUAAAGUUCCAGCCUUCAAGGAAAUAGUUUGUCAUAGCGGGCUUCCUGUGGCGGCUGCGACCAUUAUUUUUGAUCUGCAUGCUGGAAAACUKGGCGGGAAAGAAAGAGCWGCGUUGUUGAAAAGAGUAGCUGCCUUUGCUGACGUMGAUGUUUCCAGCCUUCACAUGUCUCUAGGUAAAGGACAUAGCACCGCCUUGAACCUCAAGGACGUCAUGAUGCUAACCGCUGGACCAGGAAAUGUUCACGAGCCCAAGGAACCCGGAGUAGUAAUAUCGUGGCAGAUCGGUUGUGGGAUUGAUGUCGCUGGAACACGGACUGCAUCGUUGCUAAAAUCAAGCGCUGAAACUGGAGCUUUUGACAAAGCCUUGUCCUCUCCAGUCUCUGGCUGGCAUAUAACCACAGGGUUCCCUAAAGGUCCGCGUCGACGUACUCGUAGACAAGUCCUCAUUAAUCUUAAGCCAACACCAACGCCUGCGCGAAAGCCAGCUGUUCCUCCAGGGAAACUACCCGUGUUGACGGCCACACCUACAAUGGUUGUCACCCCGCCUACUGCUCAGAUAAGUAAACCAACUAUCAUGAUCUCAUCGCCUACUGUUGUGCCCCAGGCUACACCAGCUGUCAACACACUGCCAUUUCUUAAUGUUCCUCUACGUCCAAUYACGUUAUUCUCCGGUCAAAUGUUGCGAUAUCCUAUUCCAGUUGACACCUUCCGUGAUAGAGAAGAUGGCAAUACUAAAUCUUUGACUCUUAAGAUGUUCUCAAUGUCAGGCGCCUCUCUCAGUUUGUCCAACUGGAUUAUAUUAGAUGGAGCAUCUCAGGUCAUCUAUGGUCUUGGCUUGUCACAGAAUAUUGGUACCCACCAAUUUCUAGUGUCAGCGGUUGACUCCCAAGGAGCCAGUGCCCAAACACAGCUAACAAUUCAAAUCGACAAGGAUCUCCAUCAAUACAACCACUUAUUCUCACUCGAUCUCAACAUGGACUUAAGUGUAUUAUCAAACAGAGUGGAACUUCGUGUCGAACUACUUGAUAAAUUGGCGACUUAUUUUGGUGUCAAUUCAGGCGAUGUGCGUGCUGUAUCCAUUAGUGCUGGCGCCUCUGGAGGAAGUARCUUUAAAUUUCACUUUGCUAACGUACCCUACCAGCCAUGUCCUAACAACCCCACYCUUGAAGGUUUGAUUGAUAAAUUUGGCAGGAACAAAGUAUCCACACAACUCGCAACAGACCUUGGAUCCAAGUUUGCCAUGAAUGGUGGCUCRUACCAAUYACUUGGAGACUGCUCCAACAAACCUAAGAUCAACAAGCCUAUCGGACAAGUUGAUGCACUUGCAGGGCAAGCAUUUGAGAUAUCACUGCCUCAAGAUGUCUUCACUGAUGUUGAGGAUGGAUAUAAUGUGGAUCUACAGCUUCUUACCGAAGGGCUGGCUGAACUUCAGCCGACAUCUUCAAUUCUAUUCCACAAAACUCAGAAAAAGAUUUACGGUUUGCCUAUGGAUGAUAUGAUAAAACAGCAUCGUUACACUUUACAGGCAACUGACUCUGAUAAGAAUAUCGGAAUGGAUACAUUCAMACUCAACGUCGCUAGAGAUGACAGUCGAUAUAACCACGAAUUCAACAUUGUACUGAAGACGGACAAUGUGGACUUUACAACUAAUGUUAAUGAACGACUUAAACUUUUGAAGGAAAUUGCUGCGUAUUUCAAAACUGAUAUCAAAAACGUUCGCGUUGUGAACUUUGGACCUGGCGUGACUUUUACUUUCCGUUUCAGYAAUGUUCCGUACAAUGAUUGCAAAGGACGUCUAAGAACCUUGAUUGAUAUGUUUGGAAAGGAAAAGGAUCAAAUYAAUCCGAACUUCAAACGYGCUCUUUCUUUCCCUAUCACUAAGGGAAGAUACACGUUAAUUGGACCUUGCAAGGUUGAUACAGAUCCACCAACCUGCGACAAGCCUAUCUCCAGCCUCCCUGACGUUUAUGCCGGGCAGCAAUUUCARUAUGUCAUUCCACGUGACACGUGUGUUGAUCAAGUGGACGGGGACAUGUCAAAGUUGAACCUUGAACUGAGGGCAAUCGGCGACAUCGUCCUGCGCUCGGAUUCUUGGGUGCUACUCGAUGGUGGUUCUUUAAAGAUAUUUGGCCUUCCAUCCGAAAAGCAACUAGGCGACAAUGAAUUCGUUUUGAUAGUUAAAGACACUAGUGGACUUACCGCUAGGGACACUUUUAAGAUUCCUGUGAAGAAGGACUCUUUUCCAUACAACCAUGUAUUCAACAUUGUCCUGGACAUUAAGAAAGAAACAUUUACUGAUAAUGYUGACAUGCGCAUCGAUCUCAUCAACAAACUUGCUGCUUACUUUAAGGUUGACCCAAACGAUAUACGUGUKGCUUCMAUCAAGGAUGGAUCAGGACCUAAGGAUCUUAUCUUUAGUUUUCACAUUGCUGGAAUCCCAGAAAAGCAAUGUGAUAGCAAARGCCUUCUAGAUGCAAUCGACCGGUUUGGUAAGGGGCCACCAAACGAUAAGCUCAUCAACGAGCUGUCACCAAAAUUUGUUGUUAAAACUGGAGACUAUGAACUACUGCGUGUAUGCGCAUUGAACAAAAARCCCGAAGUCAAAGAAGGCAUUGUUGACGGUGAUAAACCAAUCAAAACCAUCGGUGGACAAGCCACUUAUUACAGAAUACCAGCAGAUGCUUUCAGUGACGCAGAAGAUGGGGAUACAAGAAAACUAAAGCUCCGUCUACUCGGAUCGGAUGGGAAACCAGUGCCAGCAGACUCCUGGAUCAGAUUUGACACAGACAACCAAGAAAUUCAAGCAUUACCACUUGGCGCUCAGGUUGGAGAUAAUCGCUUUGUUAUCGAAGCCAUCGACUCUAAAGGUGGAACGGUGAAUAGUUCUUUCGUAAUACAAGUUGGUGAAGAUCUUCGAAACUACACACACCAAUUAAAACUGGUCCUGGAAUAUCCAGACGAGAAAACGUUCUUGAAUGACGUGAAAGAAAGGCUUGAACUAAUUGACGCGCUUGCAAAACACUUUAAUGUCCCAAAGGAGAGUGUCCGUGUAAUCUAUACCAAGAAGGGAAUCAAUUUCUCGUUUUUUCUCGCCAACCUCCCAAACACCCCUUGCAAUUCUCAAGAACGACUUGAUACUAUUAAUAAGUUUGGUCGGUCUGGAAAAGUCAGUAAAAGUUUGAAGAAAGCGCUUGAGCCGAGGUUCAAAGUUACAAAGGCUUACAGUGACGUUCUUGGUGUUUGCCAAGCAUUGGGUAACUUCCCACCAACGUUGAAUGUGCCACUGGGUACCUUGAGUAUAGACGCAGGAACGCCCUUCAUAUUUAGGGUWCCCUACGACACCUUUUUGGAUCUGAAUGAAAUUAACACACGGUACUUGGACCUCGAUUUGAAGCAAAUCGAUCGUUCUCCCCUUCCUAAAAACUCUUGGGUUGUACUCUUAAAGAAACGACAGGAACUUGUUGCUUUGCCAGAUACGGAUGACAUUGGUAAGCACAAAUAUAUGCUUAUCGCAAAUGAUAGAGCCAAGGCAGAAGCAGCUACAGAUAGAUUUAGGAUAAGAGUCAAUAAGCCAAGUAAGGAAAUUACAACAGAGUUUAUUAUGUAUCUCAAAACAUCCAAGAAAGCUUUCAUGAAUGACAUUCGAGUUCCAAUAGAUCUCGCUAAAAAGCUCGCCGAAUUCUUCAAGGUUCCCGUCUCGACUAUAAAUGUCUUAUCCUACGGUCCCGAUGGCUCCACGAUCAAGUUCAAGUUUGGUUUAACGAACCUUCCUGAACAGCCGUGUGAUCAUGAGGAAACGCUGAAGUACGUCAAGAAAUUUGGCCUUUCUAAACCARCAAGGGCGUUGAAAAACGCUAUCGACUUCACCAUCAAGUCUGCAAAGGUUGAACAAGUUGGUGCUUGUAAACCCAAGCCCAUUAAUAACGAGCCAACUAUACGUAACGAGUUUGACCGACUUGACCUGUUUCACAAUCAAGGACUCCGGUUUGUUAUUCCCUGGGACUCCUAUGAUGACAUUGAAGACGGAGCUACUAGAAACCUGACUCUUACCCUUAGGCUAGAAGGACACAAGGAUAAGGCGCUUUUAUCUACAUCUUGGAUUUUGAUGAACUCAACGAGCCAAGAAAUAUACGCUCUGCCAAUGUCAGAAUUCAGUGGACUUCAUACCUUUGUCAUCGAGGUGAAAGACUCGGGCGGYAAGAUGAACUAUGAUUCGUUUGAAGUAUUAGUGAAGGACGACAGCACCYCGUAUAAUCACAUGUUUACUAUCUUUUUGAAUAAUGACAAUGCAACAUUCUUGAAUAAUGUUGGCGCACGUGUUGGACUUAUUCAGAAAUUAGCGGACUUUUUCGGCGUCAACUUCACAAACAUUAGAGUUGAUGAAUACGGACCUGGGCCGUUCAUGACAUUCCACCUUGACAACGUUCCCUAUGAUGAUUGCACAUCUCUAUACUUCGACUACAUCGAUAAAUUUGGCAAAGAUAAAGUUAGUCCUGGCCUUAAAGCCGCCCUUGCACCUGAAUACGGAGUUGUGGAUGGUUCAUACGUYGCGAAGGAGCCUUGCACGGGCCCGGUCGGCGGUCCAAUUAUUGACGGCAAUCCUGCUGCUCGUACUGGAAGUUGGUGGUCACCUACAUUAAUCCCUGUUAUUACCGUAGGUAUUCUAUUGCUUUUACUUGGCCUUGGGCUAAUGUUUGUGCUACGUCGGAAGCACAAACAGGGUCUGUCCGGGGAUGACAGAACUACAUUCAUCUACAAACGCAAACCCGUCGUCUUCAAGGAAGAAUACGAUGUCAAGGAAGAUCUACUGAAACAGCCAUUGGUAGUCCCUAACGAAAAACCCCCUCURCCUCCACCUGCGUACCCACGUACCCCUAAUGGUAGUGCUGCGACCACGCCCAUGAUGGGCGACGAAAGACGAGCAUACCAAGCUCCAUCGUUUACUUCAAGUAGACAAAUGAGCUCAAGUUCGAGUAGCAAUGCAAUGAUGGCGUCGAGCGGUGGUGCUGCUAUGGCAAGUGGCGGUGGUGGUGGUGGUGGUGGUGGUGGAGGUGCUGCAGGAGGCAUGGCUGGUGCUGGUGGCGCUGCUGGUGCCGCAGGUGCGGGUGGAGGUGGAGGUUUUGCUAGUGGCGGGGAUAGAUAUGUAGCAUCUCCCGGCGCGGGAGGAGGUGGUGGUGGUGCCUCUAUGACAAUGGGAGGUGGUGGUGGUGGUAGUAGUAGUUUUAUGGCCGGAGGAGGUGGUGCUGGAGGUGGGGAAGGCGGAGCAGGAGCUGGUGGUGCUGCUGCAGGAGCAGGAGGCGCAAUGAAUUCUUCCAAGUCGUCAUCGUACAGUUAUAGUAGCAGUAGUCAAUCAAGUAGUGCAAGAAAAGGUGCUUACUCGGGUUAUCGACUCCCGCCUGCCUACGUACCACCAUAGAUAGUCGUUUCCAAUUUUAAAAAGAAAGGAAAAAAUUGAACGGAACACCUCGGACGCUGGGUAUAAACACGAAUUAUCUUUGAAACUCAAAGAUGCCGAAAAGGGCAACCUAAUGACUGUUGUCAUUGUAUUAUACAAGGUAGUCAAAUUCUAUAGCAUACAGACUGACAAGAUAAUCUUUAAGAUCUAUUCAAACUUUCCAUUUUAGAAAUUGCAGAAAUAAUGUGAAUAUUUCCUUGGUUUAUUCAUUGUGGCCAGAAAUUCACUCGCGUUUUGGGCGGAUAAUCUUCGAGUUACACGCUUCGAGUUUCUCUUUUUCGAGUUAUGCGCUAGAAGAUUUCCCGAUUCCACUCACGUCAGCCUUAUUUUUAUUAAGCAAUCACAAAUUAUCUAGAGAACUUAGUCGUUAAAACAGUAUAUCGCGCGAGUAAUUCAUUAACAAUCCACGUAUGUAUAAACUGGUUCAGAAACACUUUUAUUUUCUUAGUGCAGAGUAAGUGCAGACACUAAAAGCGUAAGAAACCGGGUGUCAACCAAAUAGUGAUGAAAACAUCCUUCAGUACAAUUUAGCACUAUCUAAAUACGUUGACUUUUUCACGAUUUUAGGGUUUGCACUUUAUGACAAAAGUAAAAGUMAAGGGUUUUAAUCAGUUAGACAAGUAGGCGAGAUAACUAGCGUUUUUAAAGUUCUUUUCACGGCUUAUAUGACUUCGCGCUAUUCAGAUAAGCAGAAAGUAUAACUGUAGAUCUAGCGGCUUCUUGGUAUAUAGCUAUUUUAGAAAAAGGUUGUCGGAUAAAAUGGCAAAAGUCAAUGGUCGAACGGCGAUUGCACGACCGAAAGUUGCCAUGACUUUUGCUUAAUGCUAGUUGAAAGACAAUAACAACUGAUUUAUACUUUUACAUGUGGUAAACAUCAUAAAACAGCUUAACCAUUGUCCCUUUCGGUCAUGCARUCUCCCUUCGACAAUCACCAGUCGCCGUUCUCCCCGACAACGUUUUUUGAAAUAGCUGUAUKGUUCUUGCCUGUUUGAAAGGGAGAGAGGCGCUUAUAUAUAUAACUUUUUUGUUUUGUAACUCCUCCCCAGCAAAAGAUCCCAGUUACAAACAGGCUUUUUAAAGCCUAUGAUUAUUUUAUUAAAAUAAUCAUAUAGCGAGAUUUCUCCUCUCGGUUUAUCGACGAGUGGAUCGCUUUGUAGUCAUUUAUAGUUUUAGUUCAGUUAGCCCCUGACCGGUCCGUAAAGAGAGAAGUCUGGACAAUUGAACUUUGAAGAAAUACGUUAUAUAUAGCAAAUUAAAGAGUUGUAAUUUCUAUUUUUGUUAGUAAUAAAAGUAUAUUAAAGACA